AUGAUGUCCCUCCGCACUCUCGCUCGCUCCGUGCCUCGCACCAUCUCGCGCUCUGUCGCUGUCUCCUCCCGCUCCGCCAUCUCCCGGCCGGUGUCCGCGGUCCCCAAGAAUGCCUUCCAGUCUUCUCUGAAGCAGAUUACGAGACCUUCCUAUGCUGCUUUCUCGACGUCCCGCGCUUUCAAGCAGUCCCCUGCCGAAGGCGAUGUUGAGCUCGUCGCCAAGCUUGAGGACGAACUGAAGCACGAGAAGGCUUCUGGCCUUGAGGACCUCGAGUCCUCCGUUCAGAACAUCCAGUAUGUUCUUCAGAACAACUCUUGGGAGGUCAAGGACGUCCCUGGUGAGCAGGAGGUUGUCCUGACGAAGAAGUUCGGCAACGAAGAGAUCCGCCUCACCUUCACCGUCGCCGACCUUCAGAACCUCAGUGAGCAGGAGGACUUCGAUGAUGCUGCUCUCGAUGAGAUGGACUUCGGUGGCCACCAGCCCGUCAACCAGGGCCGCUCUGGCAACGUCUCUCAGCACGCUGAGGACCGCGUCGCUCCUGCUGACCGCGAAGGCGAUGAGUUGGACCGCGACCUUGAGCCUAGCUUCCCUGCCCGUGUCAACAUCACCGUUGAGAAGCCCAGCAACGGCGCCCUCCUGAUCCAGACUGUUGCUCAGGACGGCCUGUUCCAGAUCGAGGAGGUCUCCUACUUCAACAAGUCCGACCUGGCCCACGCCCAGACUGCCGAGAAGGACUGGACCAGACAGAGCAUGUACGCUGGUCCUCCCUUCGAGAACCUCGAUGAGGACCUGCAGACCUUCCUCGAGCGCUACCUCGACGAGAGGGGCAUCAACGCCGAGCUUGCCAACAUGAUCCCCGACUACAUCCAGGUCAAGGAGCAGAAGGAGUACGUUCGCUGGCUCGAGAACGUCAAGAACUUCGUCUCCGCUUAA